GCGGCGGCCCCACGCCGAGUGUUGACUCAGGAGGCUCGGCGCCGGACCGCGCGCCGCGAGACGUCGGCGCUGCGACCGGCGGGACCGCAGACCGCAACUCACAGAAGCCGGGCCGCCAGCAUGGAGAGCUGAAGGCCAGCGCCCGCCUUCUCCUGAUGACGUCUCACACCUGGAGCGGCAUGGCUGCCGUGGUGCCGACGCUGCUGCUGCCGCUGCUGCUGUCCGCAGGCCUGGCGCAGGAGCUGGACGUGACUGACCGGCGCGUAGUGACGUACUCAGAACUGCAACCUUCGCUGGACACAUUUUCGUCGCCAGAUGUCACUACAUUCUCAGAAAUAUUGUUCGACAUACAAAAGUAUCAGAUGAUCGUGGGGGCACGGGACCACCUGUUUCGUCUGAGCGUGAAGGGGCUGCAGGAACUGGAGUCGGUCCACUGGCCGCCGCCCGAGAAGGAUCAGAAACUGUGCGAGUUCAAGGGCCAGGCGGCGGCCGACUGCCACAACUACGUGCGCGUGCUGCACGGCCGCGGGGAGCGGCUGCUGGCGUGCGGCACCAACGCCUUCCAGCCGCAGUGCUCGUGGCGCCAGCUCGACUCGCUGCGCACCGUCUUCUCCAACCAGAGCGGCAUCGCCGUGUGCCCGUACUCGCCGCACAUGAACGUGACGUCACUGGUAACGGCGGAGGGCGAGGUGGUGGCCGCCACGCCGACAGACUUCUCGGGCCUCGACCCGGCCAUCUACCGACAGGGUGGCGGCGGCGUCAGCUUGCGAACCAGCAAGUAUGACAGCACGCUGCUCAGCACGCCGCAGUUCGUCGGCUCGUUCGAGACCAGGGACUUCGUCUACUUCGUCUUCAGAGAGGACGCCGUCGAGUACAUGAGCUGCGGCAAGCGGAUGUACUCUCGCAUUGCUCGAGUGUGCAAGAACGACCGCGGUAACCGACGGGGCACCUGGACCACGUUCCUAAAGGCGCGGCUCAACUGCUCCGUGUCCGGCGAGUACCCGUUCUACCUGGACCAGGUGCAGAGCAUCCACUACCUGGACCGCGAGGAGGUGCUCUACGCCACCUUCACCACCCCAGAGAACGGUCUGGCUGGCUCGGCCGUGUGCGCCUUCAACCUGUCGGCGAUCGGUGACGCGUUCGACGGCCCGUUUCGGCGGCAGCGCGAGCCGGGCGGCGCCUGGCCGCGCCAGCCGCUCGACCUGCGCCACUUCCAGUGCGGCACCCCGGGCCAGACGGCCGGCCGUGACCGCCGGCUCGCCGACAUCCCGCAGUACGCGCUGGCGCACGACGCCGUCAUGCCCACCAAAACCGACCCGCUGCUCCUCGCCGACGGCGCCAGCCUGACUGCGAUCGCCACUGACGUCAUCACUACCAAGCACCACGUGGCGGUACACGUCAUUUUUGUUGCCGACAAGGACGGCACCAUCAGAAAACUGAGCGUCGUACCGCGCAGCCAGAAAACGUGCCUGGUGGAAGUCCUGCAGCCGUUUGAGAAGCCAACAAAAAUCCUCACCAUGAAGCUUCUGAAGGAGGAGGGGUCUCUGUACCUGGGGACGGACUCGGAGCUGGUGCGUGUGCCGGUGCAGCGCUGCGAGCGGUACCAGAGCGAGGACAGCUGCCUGGGCGCCAUGGACCCGUACUGCGGCUGGGACGCAGCGCGCGGCGUCUGCAGCCGGCCGCCCGGGCGUAACCCGGACGUGCUCUCCUGGCGUCAGCUGGUGACCCAGUGUCCGGACCCCAGCCGGCCCGUGGACGGCGGCUGGAGCGGCUGGACCGACUGGCAGGAGUGCGGACAGGCGGCGGCCGACGGCGGCGAGCUGUGCCGAUGCCGCCGGCGCUCCUGCUCCAGCCCGGCACCGGCGAAUGGCGGCGCGCCCUGCACCGGCCUCGCCGCCCAGGUCGCUAACUGCACGCGCCACGGCGGCUGGACCGGCUGGUCGGCCUGGUCGGCCUGCUCGCAUCCGUGCGGCCGCGCCAGCAAGUCGCGGCGCCGCUCCUGCACCAACCCGGCGCCGGCGCACGGCGGCCGGCCCUGCGUCGGCGAGGAAAGUCAGGACAUCUUCUGCCACUCGAACCCGCCCUGCCCGUCCAAGACCAACCUGCCGCUGGACGGCGGCUGGGGCGGCUGGGGCUCCUGGGGACGCUGCUCAGCGCGCUGCGGCGGCGGCUUCCGGCGGCGGCGGCGCGUCUGCGACAGCCCUCGCCCCGUCAACGGCGGCCGGCCGUGCCUCGGCUGCGACCUGGAGUACGCCGAGUGCGGCACCGAGCCGUGCCCGACGCUGCGCCGCCUCCAGCGGUUCCGCUUCGCCUGCCGCGCGCCCGUGCCGGACGCGGGGCUCAUCCGGCCAGGCGCCGCCAAGACAGACGAGCGCUUCUGCUCGGCGGACGGCCUCUGCUCGCCCGACAACUGGGAAGACCUGGGCUGGGGCGAUUGGAGCGACUGGUCCGACUGCUCGGCGCUGUGCGGAGGCGGCGUCCAGUCCAGGUCACGGCUCUGCGAGGAAGACCAUGCCGUCUGCCAGGGCCGACAGAGCGAGGAGCGGCAGUGCAAUGCCCACUCGUGUGCCGGCGAGUGGACAUGCUGGUCGGAGUGGUCGGCCUGCUCGGGCUCUUGCGGCGCGGCGCAGCGUCAGCGCACCAGGCGAUGCCGCAGCCAGUCCGCGCCCGGCCAGCUCGGGACGCUCUGCGACGGCGACGCCACCUAUGAGGAGACGUGCCAACUGCCCGGCUGCACCAGUCUCGCCGGCUGGGAAGAUUGGACCGUUUGGAGUCUUUGUGACGAGAAUAACGAGCAGCACCGCAAACGCCGCUGCAAGAAGUCUGAGCGAGACCCUAGCCUCUGCCAAGGCCACGACAGAGAGACGAGGAUAUGUGUGCAUGCAAACGGCGAGCUGCUGCAGCUGGCGUCAUCCGGCGGGCCUGGCCCAAGCUCCGGCAUCGGGGCGGGCAUGCUCGCACUCGGCUGCGUGCUCAGCUUCGUGGCCGGUGCGCUCCUGGCGGCAGUCGCCACGUACUUCUGCUUCAUCGCCAGGUGGCGCCGAGCGCGCGACCAGACGGCCAAGCUGUACGAUACGCCGAAGCUGGCGGCGGCCAACACGUACGUGCCGAUGGGUGGUGUGCGCGGUGUCAGUGAACUGGCCGAAAUGAAGAACCUCAGCCGGCUAGACGGCUCGGUCAAGGGCACGCUGCCGCCUUCCAUGACGAUAAAGACAAACCCGGCCAGCAUCCGACGCAGCGGUGGAAACCGGUACGAUCUGGUCAGCCCCGACGAGCUGCGCGUGGACCUGGACUCGGACGCAAUCUAUUAAGUGCCAUUUGUGUGUUUGUGCUCAGUACAAAUUUGUGAUAAUGUGCCGCGAGGACUUGGAAGACAUGGCGAUUGCGUAACGAGUCCUUUGCUCCUGUGCCAAAUCGGUGUUCGUUUUGAGACGUGGGAAUCGGUACAGGUGUCAGUUUGUCGUUUUAGAGAAUGUGCAUGCGUCGAAGUGAUCACAAAAGUUUCAUCGGUGCAUGCGCAAGUGGGGGCGAUUUCGCCCAUGGUUUGAGCGCGGUGUAGCCAGAUGAAAGGUGCAGAUGCCUUUUAAAUCUAAUUGGAUGAUGCGACCGCGUCGGUACUUAAUGUUUGUGCCAUGAUGUGCAAACUGUUUUUAAACAAUAUUUUGUCUGCUGAGAUGAGGUGCACUGUGAUACGUUCUGCCUUUACUGCCGCCGACUAAUCCUGUCUGCUAGUAAGCGGGGUGAGCCGCGUAUCGCCUUUAGCUGUAAAGGUUUUUCAUACUUACGACGGGGCGAGCUGAAAACCGAAUCUGGUGGCUCAUCAGGGGAGUAUCACUAGUGCACUUAGUUGCGGGAGUCCAGGUUUCACAGCGCGGAAGCACUGGACCAGCGUGUCGAUCGUCACAGGGAUCGCGAAUUUCACUGCCGAGGAACCGCAGUGCUCUGAGUAGAAGCGGUCGGGAAGAUCAGGACCAAGCGUGGACCAUUGUGCAAAUACAAUCUUGUGGUGCUUUU